GCGUUUCGAGACUUCAAUCGAUUUUUAAAACGCGUCGAGUGCGCAUCGUUCAUCGUUCGAAACACAAUUAGAGGCCUACAAAAUUAUCAAAAUGUCACUACGCAGAAAGGACGACUACAUACCCAUUAAAUGUGAGGGAUGGAACGGAAAAUUUGCCUAUACUGAUGGUGCUGUCAACAAUGUAUCGAAGAUUCGUCGCCAAAAUCAGAAUGUGACCAACACAAACAAUUUUUAUGGCUUCAAUACCGAACCGAUUAUCUUGCCCGCUGCCUGGGAUGGUACCUUUGUUAAAGGCGGUGAGACCCGACUCAAACAAGAACGUAAUCGUUCCGAUGAUCAGGAUUACUUUGACUACAAUUCGGAUCCCACAAUUUUGCCGCCCACUUGGAGUGGUGAAUUCGUUGCCGAUCCCAACGAUGUACGCAUCGUGCCUGAACGAAACUUCUCCGAUCCCAGAGAUUACGCUGAGGCAAAGCGUUUCAAGGUUGUUCCGCAUUAAGUUGAGUGAGAGUGAAAGUGAAAGUGGUAUCUACUAACUGCAUACUAUUCUACUGUUUACUUUUUGGGCCAUCCUCCCAUUUGCAAUUUACUUAUUUCAUGUUCUCUUUAAUUUUAUUGAAAUUAACCUAAGCGUUGUAUUUGAGUUUUAUUUUUUAUUGAUAUGUAUUUAUUUUUACACUUAAUAAAAAAAAAACAAUGUGAAAACAAUAACCGGAUUGUAA